AGCCUUCCAAUUCGUGGUUGGAUUGGACCCAUACUCUCUUCUUCUCUUUUUUUUUGAUUCUUUUCGUCUUCUUCUUCAACCUUAACAACAUUUUCAACAUGAACCCAUUUCUCCACUGAGCUCGAAAACCACCUUCUAUGGCUUCGCUGACUGAAAAUUUCCUAUCACCCACUUCACAUCUUCAAACCCAACCUUCAAAUAACCAAACUUUCGAUGUAAUUCCACCACAUUUCAAAGAACUCUGGGAAAGAUGGAACAUCAGAGGCUUAAUCCUCUUCAGUCUCUCUUUACAAACUUUUCUAAUCCUCUGUGCUCCUCUCAGAAAACGAACCUCAAGAAAAUUUCCCAUCUUCCUUAUUUGGUCCGCCUAUCUCCUCGCCGAUUGGACCGCCAGUUUCAUCGUCGGUUUAAUUUCCAGCAACCAGAGCAAAUCCGACGCCAAUGUCUACCUUCUCGCUUUCUGGGCUCCUUUUCUACUCCUCCAUCUUGGCGGCCCCGACACCAUUACCGCUUUCGCUCUCGAAGACAACGCUCUCUGGCUUCGUCAUUUGAUCGGAUUGCUUUUUCAGGUCGUUGCUACUGUUUAUGUCUUCAUUCAAACCAUUCCUCAAAACAAGCUCCGGGUUCCUGCCAUUUUGAUGUUUCUUGCAGGGAUUAUUAAGUAUGCGGAACGAACUAGGGCUUUGUAUUUAGCGAGUUUGGGGAGUUUUAGAGCUUCCAUGCUUAAAGAACCUGACCCAGGGCCUGAUUAUGCUAAAUUAAUGGAGGAAUUUACUUGUAAGAAAGAUGCCCAUUUGCCUACUACCAUUCAACUUGUGAAUGAGCCUAAUCAAGAAUGGAGUCCUUUUACUAGCACUGCUAAAGAGGGUGAUCUGAAUCAGCUUGAGGUUGUUCAAUAUGCUUUUCUUUACUUUAACAAAUUCAAGGGUUUGAUUGUUGAUUUGAUUUUUAGCUUUAAGGAGAGAAAUGAAAGCAGGGAUUUCUUUUUGAAGAGAACCCCAAGUGAUGCUCUUAAGGUUAUUGAGGUUGAGCUUAACUUCAUAUAUGAAGUUCUCUUCACUAAAGUAGUGGUUAUUCAUAAUUUAUCUGGGUCGAUUUUUAGAUUCAUUUCUUCGUGUUCUGUGACUGUGGCUUUGGUACUGUUUAGCAGAUUGGAUAAAACUGAUUUUAGGAAACUUGAUGUAAGGAUUACUUAUGCUUUGCUUGUUGGAGCCUUGGCUCUAGAUUUUGUAUCCAUUUCCAUGACUGUCUUCUCUGAUUGGACUAUAGCUACUCUUAUAAAGGAUGAUUCAAUUUUGGCCACUUUCUUUGAAUACCUUCUCUGGCUCAAAAGACAGAGAGUGUCUGUGCAUAAGAAGUCUCCAUUUUCAGGCCUUAAGAAGCUGGACACUCCACGGAUAUUCCGCCGGUGGCGCGAGUCAGUGUCUCAGUUCAAUUUGAUAGCAUAUUGCCUUAGUGAACGAAUCCCAAUGGAUGAUUCAAGAAACACAUCAAUCUGUUGUGGCUGCUCUUUUGCUUGGAAUAAAACAGUUCGUCUUCUACGUCGCACAAAAGAUUUUGUCAUCGAUUAUUUAGGUGCUAAAGAGUUCUUCGAUGAUUGGAAAUAUGUUUCCAGGCAACCAGUUUUUGAGAAGCUUUGGGAUUUGAUCUUUGAGGAGAUGCUUGAAAAGUCCAAAGCAGCAGAAACUGUGGAAAUUACUGAAGAAAUAUGUUCAUCUAGAGGCUCCUACGUACUGAAAUCAAUGGACCUUCGAUCAGAAAUAGACAUCGGCGAGUUAAUAUCCGACAUCGAUGAAGUAGCUUUUGAUGAGAGCCUCAUGCUAUGGCACAUAGCAACAGAACUUUGUUAUAGAGAUGAACAAAAUACAAACACAAACGUCAACGACACUAGUACUACUUAUCGUGAAUUCAGCAAGCUCUUAUCAGAUUACAUGCUUUACCUCAUAGUGAUGCUCCCCUCAAUGAUGUCGGCCGUGGCUGGAAUUGGGGAAAUAAGGUUCAGGGAUACUUGUGCCGAGGCAAAAAAGUUCUUCGACCGAAGACGAUUCAGUUGUACCUUAGAUGAAUCUAAAAUCACGAAGGGUUGUCGAGAAAUACUAGCCGUGAAUGUUAUUGAUGCGAAACCUGUGGAAGUGAAAGGAGAUAAAAGCAAAUCUGUAUUGUUUAAUGGUUCAUUACUUGCUAGGAAGUUAAAGAAGCAUAAUGAGAAAUGGGAGAUAAUGAGUAAAGUUUGGAUUGAAAUGUUGAGCUAUGCAGCCAGCCAUUGUAGACCAGACCAACAUGCUCAACAAGUUAGCAAAGGAGGAGAACUCAUCACUAUGGUUUGGUUAUUAAUGGCACAUUUUGGGCUUGGAGGACAGUUUCAAAUCAGUGAAGGCCAUGCCAGAGCAAAACUCAGAGUUCAUAAGUAGCUGAGAGAUUUUUCUAUAAUGGGUUUGUUCUUUUUCCUUUUGGAUUUCAAGUGUUAUAAUAUGAAUCUUUCUAUUCUUUCAGAUGUGUUGUACAAAACCAUCAAUUGGUGUCUUUUUGUAUUAAGGAGUGAGCAUUGGUCAGUCA